CACAGAUCUCACGAACGCGGUCCCGCCUUUGUUGUCCCAUUGAGUAGCUCCCCCCCAGCCAGAGAUUCUGCGCAGGGAGGGAAGGAAGGAAGGAGAGAGAAAGAGGAACAAAAGUAAACUGGAUUUAGAGCGUUCAUUCCUCUCUCCCUCGAAACACACAGGCAACAUCUUCUGCAGUUACGAUCUAGGAACAUUAUGGUGUAUUUUCAAGAGGUGAGCCUGGCAGCAGAGUUUGCAUCCAUGUUCACAGUUGAGUGCACCUGGCUGUAGAAAACAUUGCCAUGGAAACCAGCAGUGGAAGAGAACAGACAACUGGAACAAAGCCUUUGUGUGGUGGCUGUGAAGAAUCAGCCAGAGGGUGCCAGGCCCAGGGGACGGAGGCAGACGGGACAUCUGAGCGCACUGAUGCUACUCCUCCUGAACUGCCACCACCUGGGAAGCUGAAGAAAACAGCUUUUAAACUGUUUGGAGGGAGAAAGAGCAUUUGCACCUUACCCAGCUUCUUCGGGGGAAGAAACAAAGGCCAUGGGAAGGGGUCUUCUAAAAAGGGGAUCUGCAAGAGCAGGACUCAUGAUUGCAUCAGUGAGGUGAGCUGGGAGGACGGCAGAAGAACCGCUGACAUGCCAGCGGGAGACUUUGAAUACCGCGGACAGAAAUGUUCAUCUGUGAAGAUGCUGUCAGGCUCUCAAAGUGUGUACUCAAUGACUGACACGAAUAAGAAAGCAGACGCACCUCUGUCAGCGAACUCUGAAUGCUACGAUCAGAAACUAAGUGCCGACAAGUCCUCGUCUUUCCCCAGGCCAAAGAAGGGACUAAAAGGUUUGUUCAGCAGCAUCAGACGCCACAAAAAGAAUAAAGCCGCAGAUGCUGAAAAAGCUGAGACGCCUGGACUUUCUGUAGAGAUCCCUGCAGGUGCAGUGCCUAGAAGUCAGUCAAGUGACAGCAAAGCUGAGUCUGAACUUCAGGAUAGCUUUUCUGACAGCAAUGUGGCAGACACACUGAAUGAGAAAGACAAUUCGAUUGAUACACCUGAAUGUAGCGAGGAUGCAAAUCUUUCAGAAGAAAGUUUAGUAGAAACUGAUGCAAAUAGUAAUAAAGCAUUACACAAAGAUAAGGUUCUCAAAGACUUGGAAGAGCUUGUGCAAGGGGAGUCGGCAGAUGCAAAAGUAGAUGGAGCCAUUUUGUGCACGCUAUCUGAGUUCAGCUGUGCCCCCGAUAUAAACCCAGACUACCUAGAUAACGAUCCACCUUCCGUUCAUUCUUCCGAGCAGAUCAGUUCAGUAUUUGGGGAUGUGGCUUCUCUGAAGAGCUUCGAUUCCCUCACUGGGUGCGGAGACAUAAUUGCGGACCGAGAUGACGACAGCAUUGCUGAAAGCACGGUGUCGGCUGAAAGAAGUCGCAACGCGGGCAAAAGAAGCUCCUGCUAUGUCACUUACCAAGGAGGCGGGGAAGAAAUGGCGACCCCUGAUGAGGUUGACGAGGAUUAUCUGCAAGGUUUGUGGGAAAAUGAAGCUGCAGCUGACGUGUGCUUUACCCCUGGUCAACAGCAGAUGCUCCUGGGCAAUGACAUGGACCUGCAGAUAUCUCCGGAUGGACCCGCCCUUCCUGGUCCAUGUGUGGAUGCUGCUAAUAAUCACAAUGUUGUCCGAGCUGUUGCAGAUAACGGUCAUACCAGCGGAGACCUCCUGACCCCACAAAGUGACCAGCCCGAAUCUGCACCCAACAGUGACGAGGGUUAUUAUGAUUCCACCACUCCAGGUCCUGAUGAAGACGGGGGUGAUAGCCUCAGCCGAAUCAGAAAGGAAAGGCUUCCAAGGGACAGCUACAGUGGGGAUGCACUCUAUGAGCUCUAUGAGCCUGACGAUAGCCUCAUGAGCCCCCCUCUCGCAGAUGAACCCUCCUUUGAGACGCUGCCACCCACCCCAGACGCUUUGGAAUUUUUAGGAAUGGAUGUGGAUAAGAGUUUAUGUCCCAGUUUUUCCAACAAAGCUGGACUUAUGGAAGGGGUUAGACAAGUUCAGAUAGAGCAGAAGCUUAUGGGGUGGGAAGUUAAAAGCACAAAAAAGCACCCCAAAAAAGAGCAAGUCAUCUUGAGCAAGGAUAGAUUUUACGCAGAAAAAAGCACAGCUGAUUGUAAUUCUAAAAUGAACAAUAACACACAUCAAGCUUGCCUUAAAGAGGAGCAGAUAGUUUCACAGACUAGGAUAGGAAAAGGCUCAAAAGUAAAGCACAGAAAUAACCAGACACACCCCAGCAGUGGAGAACACCACACUAACCAAAAAACAAAUGCAAAGCUACUUCCUGAUUUGGAUGGCGUUGAUGUUGUGUGCAGCACAAAGAACUCCCAUCGAUCAAAAGUCCCAGUUCCACUUGACGAAUUACUGCAGGGAAAUGGAAGAUGCACCCAGUCUGAAAAGAGAGAGAGAAAAACUGAUACUGGUAAAAUGAAGACUGAUGAAGCCCUUGAAUAUGAUCAGACUGUCUGCUUCUCCCAGGCCUUGGUGGACUUUACUAACAAUACUGCGUUCUUAAACAACCUUUCCGAAAGUAUUGGCAGCUCUGAUUCUGGUUCUUCCUUUACACACAAUAUGCAGGCCCUUCCAGCAAUGGUGACUUUCGAUGUGGUAGACAUGGAAAACGAAGGGGAAUGUGAUCGUCAGAUUGAAAUGGACACAGAUGAAGACAUGUCGUCGCCGUAUGAGGCAUACGAUGAGAGCUACUUGCAAAAAGAUGCUUUUGCUGAGUGCGACGAGAGGAUGUUUGAACUGUACGAUCAGAAUCCUUUUCUCGGCAACAGCUGGGGGGUUGCCAGUCUUCCACGGCAUCUUAAUUUCAGUAAAAUGAGCCCAGCAAUGCCGGCCCCAUUGUCUCUAAACAGGAGGAGCAGAUCACUAGACACUGACAGCUUGGAAUUCGAACUGGCUGACAUGUAUCUGUCAAAGGUUAUCCCUCAGCUUCCCCAAGUCUCCAGAUCUGAAUGGGAUUCCAAGAAGGCUUCCACUCUCCAUUGGCCCUCAGAUUGCGAAAGGAAGGGGCGAUCAGCCAGCUCAGAAUGGAGGGAGGUUGCUGACAUUCCUGAUUGGCCCUGGCAACAGGAGGCUACAUGCAAUUUUGCCCUUCCUUUGAUAGAUGGAAAAAAAUUAGGACGGGUCCAGAGUUGUAGUCCUUUGGGAAAGGGAAGGGCCAUACAACAUGAAAUCCAGAGGGAUAGAUUGGAUUUGCAGGUUGAGGGUGGUUCUCCUAAUCGGAGGCUUCAGCCUCGGACUUCAAGGUUUACUCAUGACACUGGGGCUGGUAAUCCAAUACAGAGCUCCAGGCAGAUGGCCAGACCAUCCCAUCUCCCCUUACAGUCUGAUGAGUGCCGGCCUCAAACUGGAUCAAACUCAUUGGGGACUUCCAGAGACAGCUCUGGGAAGGUGCUUGCUCUUGUUUCUCCUUUAGAUGAAAGAAAUGAGGCGUAUUUCUCUAAGAUUUCCUCUGCAGGUCAGUACUCUGAUUCUUCCCACCAGCAAAUGAAGUGCAAACCCAUAGGUGUCACCCAAGGAAUGCCUCAUUUUCACUCUGAAAACCCAGACACUUUAAAACCAGAACUCUGUGUUGGACAGUGUGAGACUUCCAGCAAAGGGCGAAGUGAACAUGAAAUGACUCGACCUGUUGAGUGGAAUAAACACACUGCACUGGAUUUGUAGUCUUUAUAAAGGGGGGGGGGGGGGAUAAAAAAUACCUUCCAACGUUGUAUUACAUUUUUAUGUUGUCAAUGAUGUCAUCACAUAUGUCACCAAAGACACCAUGCAGCAAGUUUACUAUACAGAUCAAUAACUUGACAUCUGUUGUACAAAACCUUUUGAUCAUUAGAAUACGACUAGAGAUUAGUUUGACGCUAACUUUUUUUUUUUUUUUAAUAUGAUUGUAUUCAGAAAGAUGGAGUCUUUUUUACUUAAACUACAAAGCGAUUUUGAAAAGUACUUUAAAAUGGUCAAACAGUGCAGAGUUGGUUUGAUGACUGCUGCUUUGCUAGUCAGACCUCAUGGAAGCUGAUUUCAGUCUACAGGCUUCAUGCCCUCUGUUUUGAAAAAUAGAGAGAAUAUAGAUAUUUAAUGUUUUUUAAAUAGAUCAGUAUUUUAAACAGAAAAUAGCUCAUUUUAUCUUUUGUUAAAUCAGAGAAUUUCUUUGUAAAUGUAAUUGUUUUUAAUUAGUAAAUUCUUAUUUAUUAGAUACAGUAAAACACACAAAAUUCCUUGGCAAGAGAGUGCAGAUUUAAAAAGCAUUUGAUAGCAAGGCAAGAGUGCUGCCUUGUUCUAGAAGGCACCUUGAACCGCAGUACAAUGCAUAGCAGAGUCAUUUCUGAAUGUGUUACCUGUAUAAUAUCCACACAUUGGCUUCAGUACACUCUCCCUUAUGUUGCACUGUGAUGUUUAGCAUUUAAGAUGAAGUAGUUGAGGUCACAACAUUUUUAAAAAGAUGUUUUCCAAGCUCAUGCAACUUAGUAUGUGCCAAUUUGCAGUUAUAUCUGGUAUAAAAAAAUUAAAGUAAUUGCAAAGCUUGUAUACUUACAGGUCAGAUUACCAAACGACACUGUGUUUUUGCGUACAGAAUUUUAAAAAGGUUGGAUGACACUGAAAUGUUGUUUUUGAAGGCUAUAUAUAUAUAUAUAUAUAUAUAUAUAUAUAUAUAUAUAUAUAUAUAUAUAUAUAUAAUAUAAUUGUUUACGAAAUGUGUUGUGUUUUUAAAAAGCCAGUGCUGUUUACAUUUUAUAAGUACAUCUGCGGCCUGUAAUUUUGCUCAUUGGUUAUAUAACUGAAAUCUGUGACACAGGGACAGUGGCGUCUGUUUACAGUGGAAGAUCCAAAUGCUCCUGUACUAAAAUGCGUAAACCCCAUUUUUUUUGCAAAUCUCACUUGAUGCUAUUUUUAUUGUAUGUAGUAUUGCUAGUAAGUGGAUCUAUACAUCAUCCUGGGGCAACCACAGCUGGGUUAUUAUAGAGUUGAAGAGGCAGUAUUUUAAGGCAUGUUAAAAUCAAACUCAAAUACAGUCCUACACAUUUCAGUAAACGUUAAAAAUGAAAAAUGUAUUUUACAAUAUAUCUAACUUAAAAGCAUGUGCAAUUCUAGUUCUGAUUUUUAACCUUUGUUACAUUCACUGAGAAGUUUAACAAACCCUUACAACAGAAAGUUUGUUCCAAGUUUUUAACAAGGACAGGCUAAUCAUUUCCCUUUGUUACGGUAUUGCUGCCUGUUGGACAUUGGCAUUGUUUCCUUGUUGCAUGUUCACCAAAGGCCUUUCAGUAGCAUAGAUAAAGUCCAAAGUCGUGCUCUGCUACAGAAUGUAAUGUCUAAUUAAGCUGGAGCCUACUCUGCAGAAUAGAUUGUAUAAUAUCUAGCCUGCCUUGAAAAUAGUGUUCCUCAGGUGCAGCUAUUCUGUGAUGAAACAGUGCAAGAUUUGGCAGCAAACUUUUUAAGCACCCCAUUCACAAGCCCGAGAGGUCAUAGUUUAUUUUUGCACAUAAGUGCCUUUUUCAAAGAAUGCUUUUACUGUAGGUACAUGAGUGCAUACUGUGGUGCUUGCCAAACUGCCUUCUGUGUGUUCCACAGCUUGUAGUUACUUGGUAGCAAGAGGUCAUCGUUGUGCUUGUUCACUGCAAUGAAAUCCCUUGUGUUGGAAGUUGAAUAUGUUGCUGUAAAUACUGUGUGUUUCUUGUGUGGAUGGUUAUUCCUAAUUGCAGUGGGUGCAGUAUCCCUUUUAAUUCAAGCAGGUCUUGCUCAAGCAACUGAAAAUAUAAGUCCAUGCAUAAUAAAAAUGUAGAAAGAUACAGGGAAGUGUGAUUUUCGUAUUUUCUGUUCUUUGGGAUUUCCAUCAGUCUUUAUUCCUGCGUAGACGCUUAUCUUGUGAUCCUGAGUUAAAUAACUGCAAAAGCUGUGCUAAAGUGCUUCAUUUUGGCACUGUAGAAUUCCAAACUUUAUUUGCAUGGAAUCUUGUCCCUAACUAAUUCAUUUAGAGGAGCAUUAAAUGCAGCUGAGGUAGCAUACCUUACCAGAAAUAUAGCCUAUUGAUUUGACUUUAGUCAUUGUUGUUUGUAGCACCCUAAAGCAGAUUAGGGAAACUGCACCUGGUGUUAAACACACAGCACCCUGAACACGUUUCUUUCCACUCGUAAUUCUUUUUUUGUGGAAGUUUGUGCUCACGUCUUUGUAUUGGAUAGAAUGUUGUCAGAAGGGCGUUUUAUAUAAGCUAUUUAAAUAAAACUUGAACACUACAAACCUGGAA